CGCUCAGUUCACUCGUGAGAAACACAGGAAUAAGACGCAGCAUUCGAAAAUUAUUGACUUGUCUUACAAAACUGAUUUUUAUUGUUCGUUACUUAUACUUGUGAUAUAUAUAUAUGUAUAUAUGUUCGGGACUGUUAAUCAUAUGAAUACACGUGUGAGACGAGCGCAUAGGUUUUCGCAUUUAUAAUAUUUAAGUGAUGUAAAUACUAAAUAUUACAAUGCAAAAACCGACGUUUUAAUCAAAGAAUUUCCUCAAAAUUGUUGAAAUUGCUGACCAAAAGUGGAAAUUAAAGUGUGGAAGUUGAUGAAAUGCCUCUCUUUCAAAAAUGGUUACGCCGACGGUGAAUAUUAUAUAAAAGAAUAUAUGUUGUUGGCUUUCUUGAAUUCAUAAAACGAAGUCGUUCUUGUUGUGGACUAACUUUCAUAAAAUGGACGCUUACGCUUUACCAACAUAUUUUCCACUUGCGUAUUCUGAAUUGCAGUUUUUAGCGUCCAGGCGAGCAGCUGCUGUCGCUGCAGCUGCAACCGUUUUACCAGGAUCCCCAUGUAUGAACCAACUUCACCCAACUGACGUUUCAAGCUCGGUAACAGUUCCAUCAAUGAUUCCAACGGUUGGACCAUCAGAUUCAAUUAAAACUUCAAUUCAACCACCAAUAUGCAAUGAAAACAACCUUCUUGCUAACGCUACUGGUCAGCAGCACAAUCAUCAGCCUCAACAUGUUCACAAUUUGAAUGUUACUGGACAACCACAUGCACACGACUUUCACCCGGCUUAUCGAAUCCCCGGAUACAUGGAACAGUUGUAUUCUCUACAACGAAGUAAUUCAAAUUCAUCAUUUCACGAUCCAUAUGUCAAUUGUGCGUCAGCGUUCCAUCUAGCAGGGCUUGGUUUGGGAUCAGGUGAUUUUUUGGGCAGCCGAGGUAUGAGCUCUCUUGGUGAACUGCAUCAUGCGGCUGUAGCAGCAGCUGCAGCAUCAUCUCUAGCCAGUACUGAAUUUCACUUCAGCGUCGAUGGAAACAGGCGUUUAGGUAGCCCUCGACCACCAGGAGGAAGUAUACGUGCCAGCAUAAGCCGCAAACGAGCCCUUUCGUCAUCGCCUUAUUCCGAUUCAUUUGAUAUUAAUUCUAUGAUUCGAUUUUCGCCAAAUUCAUUAGCCACAAUUAUGAACGGUUCUCGAGGAAGUAGCGCGGCUAGUGGUUCAUACGGUCACAUCUCUGCUACCGCCCUUAACCCCAUGUCUCAUGCACAUUCAACCCGUCUACAACAAAUACAAGCUCAUUUGUUGCGUGCUAGUGCAGGUCUAUUAAAUCCGAUGACAUCACAACAAGCUGCUGCAUCCGGAUUUUCUAUAGGGCAUAUGGCAGCCUCUGCUUCUUUGAGAGUAAAUGAAGUACAUCCUAAUUUAAGCGAUUCACCUAGACAGAUUACAACAUCUUCAACUGCAAGGCUUGUUAAUGCGGAUCCAAACCAGGUCGCAGCGGCAACACUCUCGUUGAAGAACUUGGAUGAUGCAAGAAAAAAAAAAGGACAUUUUAAAGAUGUUAUCACUGAGCAGCCUUCAUCAACAUCUGGAGCCGUAGCUCAAGUAGAAGCCGACAGUGCCUCAUCACAGUUGUCUGACCGUUGUUACAACAACGGAGUAAAUCAUAUUAAAAGCAUUCCGGGUGACGUUAAAGCAAGCACCCGCUUGGAUGAUUAUGUUAAUUGCGGAUCAGCCUCGAAUCCAUCAAAUGAAUAUGAUUGUGCUAAUGCUGAUACAACGGAUAUCAAGGAUGAACCUGGAGAUUUUAUUGAAACGAAUUGUCAUUGGCGUAGCUGUUGCAUUGAGUUUAUUACUCAAGAUGAACUUGUUAAACAUAUAAACAAUGACCAUAUCCAAACUAAUAAGAAAGCUUUUGUCUGUCGAUGGGAAGAUUGUACUCGCGGAGAAAAACCAUUUAAAGCGCAGUAUAUGCUUGUUGUGCAUAUGCGUCGCCAUACCGGUGAAAAGCCACACAAAUGCACGUUUGAAGGCUGCUUUAAGGCAUAUUCACGUUUGGAAAACUUGAAAACUCAUUUACGGUCACACACAGGAGAAAAACCAUACACUUGCGAGUAUCCGGGAUGUAGCAAAGCCUUUAGUAACGCUAGUGAUCGUGCAAAGCACCAAAACAGGACACACAGUAAUGAGAAACCGUACAUUUGUAAAGCACCUGGAUGCACAAAACGUUACACUGACCCAAGCUCUCUGAGAAAACAUGUAAAAACAGUCCAUGGUGCUGAGUUUUAUGCAAAUAAAAAACAUAAAGGAUUGCCUCUAGAUGACGUAAACUCUCGGUUACAACGAGACAACAGUCAAGGUCGACAUAAUCUUCAAGAGCACAAUAUCGACUCAAGCCCUUGCAGUGAAGACUCACAUAUAGGAAAAAUAUUAGGCACGUCUAGUCCUAGCAUUAAAUCUGAAUCUGAUAUAAGCUCAUCUAAUCAUCAGUUAGUAAAUGGAGUUCGAGCAUCGGACGGUUUGUUAACAUAUUCGCCAGAUGAUCUUGCUGAAAAUCUUCAUUUAGAUGACGGCUGGAAUUGUGACGACGACGUGGACGUAGCAGACCUACCAAUUGUUUUACGUGCUAUGGUAAAUAUUGGUAGCGGAAAUGCGUCUGCCUCAGCUAUUGGAGGUGCUGUUUUGGCUAGGCAACGGUUUAGAAGUCGUCUUCAAACUAAAGGUAUAAACUCAAGUACGAUAAUGCUCUGCAACAUUCCGGAAAGCAAUCGUACCAUUGGAAUUAGCGAACUUAAUCAGCGUAUUACAGAACUAAAAAUGGAGCCAUGUACCGCUGGUGAUAUUAAAAUUCCAAGUUCCACCAACACGGCCAUAGAAGUAUUUCCGGAAGACCUCUUACAAAAUCAUACAACUUUUCGUAAUACAGUAUUGAAUAAGCAAGGAAUUUCCACAGUUUCUGGCUCGGUGCAAGGUCAGUUUCGCCGCGAUAGUCAAAAUUCGACAGCAAGCACUUAUUACGGUAGUAUGCAAAGUCGCCGUAGCAGUCAAUCAUCACAGGUGUCUUCUAUACCUACUAUGAGACCAAUCCCCUCGUGUACUACGACUGCAGCUUCUUUUUAUGAUCCCAUUUCACCAGGGUGCUCACGGCGCUCUAGCCAAAUGUCAAAUGGUGUUAACUGCUAUGCAUUUACAUCCACAUCAGGAUUACCCAUAAUAAACAAGGACUUGAAUGCAUCUAUUAAUAAACCAAAUCCUGAUGUUCAGGGUGUUGGAAUUUACAAUAGCUGUCUUCCCCCGCCUCCAUCAUCCCACUUAAUCGCCACAAAUUUAAAACGCUUACAGGAAAAAGAUUCAGGAAAGUUUUAUCAUAAUUGCAGUAGCGGCCGAUUUUCUAUUCCUAGUUAUAUGAAUUCUCUACACAUGAAAAACAACAAUCAAGUCGGACAAAACGAAUUUGAUAAAUUACGACGUCAAACUGAGCCAGUGCCAAACUUAAAUUUAGAUCCAUUAACAAAUAUUCCUCGCUUAAGUACAACACCGCAUAGCUUUGAUAUUAAUGUUGGAAAGUCUAAUAAUAUAGCAUCGUCAGUUAAUAAGGAUAGUUUAAGAAAGGAACUGUGCACUGCUUCAAUUAAGGCUGACAUAGCAAUGCCUAGUGACCAACAUCCAAAUGAAAGAAUAAAUCUGGAUGAAGUUGAAGAACUUAUACUUCCCGAUGAAAUGCUUCAGUACUUAAGCUUGGUAAAAGAAGACACAAAUUAUACGGAACAAGAACAUCAAGCUUUAGCUAUGGAGUCUAAUGUAUCCGAAAUCUUAGCUUCAAGCCACUACCGAGAACAAUCAAAUAUAUAUUACUCCAAUAAACAAAUUUUAACACCGCCUACGAACGUUGAUAUACAACCAAAUACAACAAAGUUUACAGUACAAGACAAAUUUCCAAUGACGGCGAUCGGGGGUUCAUUCAAUCAGAGAGAAUCUAGUACCCUAACUGUACCAAAUGAACAUGGGCAUGCCAAAUGCGGUGGCUUCCAACAGUCUGGAAAAUAUAUAAACACUGACAUUGCUUUUAAGCAGCAAACUUUGUUACCAUCAGCCUAUCAACGACAACCAGAAAAAUUUAAUUUUAAUCAAAUCAUAGAUUCAUCGAUGACUAGCUUGCCAGAGCUUAAUGUAGUUUCAAUAUAUCCACGAAACGAAACAGAAAAUAUUUUAAAAGUAAACGGACGCCAUGAUAAUGAAAUCCAAUGCGGAAUUAUAAGUCAGUCUCAAAUGUCUCCUUCUGCUAAUUUGAAUAAUGAAGGUCAGAUUUCUAGCGUAAAUAUGCAACCAAUAACAACAUCAAAAUUACUUGCCUCUGAAUCACAAAAAAUAGUUUGUGACACCCAGGCGAAUAAUACUUCUGUUAUGCAUUUAGAUACAUACCAGCGUACUUUGGAAUAUGUACAAAGUUGUCAAAACUGGAUGGAGACAAACAGCACAUUUACCAAUCAAAUACAAGGCCUCCCGGAAGUGCAGAUAAACACUACAUUGUGGCCUGAUGUUAGCAGUUCUACACAUCCAUAUCAUGGGACAAAUAUGGUAAUCAACGAUAUGACAACAUCUCUUACUUCCUUACUUGAGGAGAAUAGAUAUCUUCAAAUGAUGCAGUAAAAAAUGUUAUCUAGAUAACACUGACAAAAAAUAAAACAUUUUAUUUUUAGUUUGAACUUUCUUUAUAAGCAAUAAAUAAAUUUAAUUUACAUUGAAAUCCUUGAUUAAGCAACUGUAAUUUACCUACACCUGUAUUUAUAAUCAAAAUCAUUUUAUUAUUCUUCGAAAAGAAUAAUUUUAUUUUAAAAUACAAGCAACAAUAAUGUCUUCCGAUCUAUUUUAGAAAUAAAAAU